GAAGGCGAGGGCGGGCUUGGGGCCUGGGGGCGGGGUCCACCUGUGGCCGCGACGCGCCCUUCAUCGCUAGCGCCGCCAGGGGGCGCCAUCCGGAGAGCGCUCCUGGGCCGGGCUUGUGCUUGGCCCCUGCGGGCCGCCGUCUCCGCGCCCGUCAUUCGGCCGUCUUUCGGCUACGCGGCGGCGGCUCCCAGCGGCGCCGCAGUCGGACCUUCGGGUGUCCGCUUGCCGGCGGCGGCGGCGGCGGCGGCGGCGGCAGCGGCGGCGGCGGCAGCGGCGAAGAUGGCGCCCUGAGCAGGGAGGGAGCGGGGAGCAGGUAGCGGCAGGUGGGCCAGCGGGCGGGUGCCGCGGCCCAGGCCCGGGGUCGGGGCGGAGGCUUGGGUUGCGCCUCUUUGUCUCCACGGGCAGCGGCGCAACCCCGGGCCCCGGGCGGAAGUGAGACGCGCUCGGCGCGGGGGCCGUGGCGACCGCACCAUGAGCGACAUCCGCCACUCGCUGCUGCGCCGCGACGCGCUGAGCGCCGCCAAGGAGGUGCUGUAUCACUUGGACAUCUACUUCAGCAGCCAGCUGCAGAGCGCGCCACUGCCCAUCGUGGACAAGGGCCCCGUGGAGCUGCUGGAGGAGUUCGUGUUCCAGGUGCCCAAGGAGCGCAGUGCGCAGCCUAAGAGACUGAAUUCACUGCAGGAGCUUCAACUUCUUGAAAUCAUGUGCAAUUAUUUCCAGGAGCAAACCAAGGACUCAGUUCGGCAGAUUAUUUUUUCAUCCCUUUUCAGCCCUCAAGGGAACAAAGCCGAUGACAGCCGGAUGAGUUUGUUGGGAAAGUUGGUCUCCAUGGCGGUCGCUGUGUGUCGAAUCCCGGUGUUGGAGUGUGCCGCCUCCUGGCUGCAGCGGACGCCCGUGCUCUACUGUGUGAGGUUAGCCAAGGCCCUCGUGGAUGACUACUGCUGUUUGGUGCCAGGAUCCAUUCAGACGCUGAAGCAGAUAUUCAGUGCCAGCCCGAGAUUCUGCUGCCAGUUCAUCACCUCUGUUACCGCCCUCUAUGACCUGUCGUCAGAUGACCUCAUCCCACCUAUGGACUUGCUUGAAAUGAUUGUCAACUGGAUUUUUGAGGACCCAAGGUUGAUUCUCAUCACUUUUUUAAAUACUCCGAUUGCAGCCAAUCUGCCAAUAGGAUUCUUAGAGCUCACCCCGCUCGUUGGAUUGAUCCGCUGGUGCGUGAAGGCCCCCCUGGCUUAUAAAAGGAAAAAGAAGCCCCCUUUAGCCAAUGGCCACGUCAGCAACAAAGUCGCAAAGGACCCAGGCGUGGGGAUGGACAGAGACUCCCACCUCUUGUACUCGAAACUCCACCUCAGUGUCCUGCAGGUCCUCAUGACGCUGCAGCUGCACCUGACUGAGAAGAAUCUUUACGGGCGCCUGGGCCUGAUCCUCUUCGACCACAUGGUCCCGCUGGUCGAGGAGAUCAACAGGUUGGCAGAUGAACUGAACCCUCUCAAUGCCUCCCAGGAGAUCGAGCUCUCGCUGGACCGGCUGGCGCAGGCUCUGCAGGUGGCUAUGGCCUCAGGAGCUCUGCUGUGCACGAGAGAUGACCUGAGAACCUUGUGCUCCAGGCUGCCCCAUAAUAAGCUAGUCGAGUGAAGCAGUGAGAGUGGAGAAGGAACAAAGAAAUCUGUAACUGAUUGUGAUCAAUUAGUUGUAAACACCAGUGCCAUCGGACCAGCCUCUUUCUUUUUUUAAGACAGUCUCGCUGUGUUGCCCAGGCUGGAGUACAGUGGCAUAAUCUCAGCUCACUGCAACCUCUACAUCCUGGAUUCAAGCAAUUCUCCUGCCUUAGCUUCCCAAAAAGCUGAGAUUACAGGUGUGCGCCACCACGCCUGGCUAAUUUUUGUAUUUUUAGUAGAGACGGGGUUUUGCCAUGUUGGCCAGGCUGGUCUCCAACUCCUGACCUCAAGUGAUCCGCCUUCCUCUGCCUACCAAAGUGCUGGGAUUACAGGCAUGACCACUGUGCCCGGCCUCUUUUUCCUUUUUUUUUGGUCUGGGUUCUAGCAGCUUCCACAGCAUUGGAGAACAUUGUUGGUUUCAGCUGGCAUCUUUCCCCUCCUGCAGGAAUCCCUUUGUGAUAGUUCCCUCCUUUUCCCACUGCUUAAUUAUUUAACAUUUUAGUAUUUUCGGGGAAUUAUAAUGACAGUGGGAUACAAAUCCUUGUAUCAUGAAUCUCAUAACUAGGGGUAUGCAUUGGAGCCCCCUGGAACUUCUCACCUGUCCCCUGCUGGUCCUGCUCUGGAGCCUCUGACUCUGUCCCUUCCAAGGAGCUGGUGGCCACCUCUCCUGAUGCAGAUCAGGGAGCCCUAACCUCCUAGGGUCAGUCCUGGCACUGCUAUGGGGGAAGGUCGGGGUCACCUGGAAUAAUACCCCUUCGUGGUUUUUUUUUUUUUUUUGAGAUGGAGUUUCGCUCUUGUUACCCAGGCUGGAGUGCAAUGGUGCAAUCUUGGCUCACCACAACCUCCGCCUCCUGGGUUCAGGCAAUUCUCCUACCUCAGCCUCCUGAGUAGCUGGGAUUGCAGACACCCACCACCAUGCCCGUCUGAUUUUUGUGUUUUUAGUAGAGAAGGGGUUUGGCCACAUUGGUCAUGCUGGUCUCGAACUCUUGACCUUAGGUGAUCUGCCCACCUUAGCCUCCCAUAGUGCUGGGAUUACAGGUAUGAGCCACCACAUCUAGCCUACAUCUUAGAUUCUUGAUGGUCUCCAUGUUUGUCGUUUUUCCAACUAGACUGGAAACUUCUUUAAGUGCUUUCUAUUUCUGGCAGGGUGUGCAGGUUCCAAUCAUUACAUGACUAAAAUUUGGCCCUUGCUGUACCUCUUCCUUGGGGUGGUUAAUCUUUUGCUAAAUUAUUUACCCAGAGUUAUUUAAAAAGUAAUAACAGAAAGACAAGUGGCUCAGAAGAGCUUUGGGCACUAAAAUGAACCAGCCCUCAACAUACACUCUGUUUACUGCCUGAGCCCCUCCUGGGAGUCCUGCGUGCAAGCCUUUGUACUGGGGGACUUGGGGGUUCCGUCUGUGACAGACUAACCCCUUGAUGGAGCAAGGGGAGUCAGCAGAGAGCAGGCAGGGCCCACAGAAGGGUGAAGUGGUCUGGAAAACGGGCUGUUGUGGGGCCCAGUUAGGGCAGUGUGCAGAGACAGACAGCCUUGGCCAAGUGAUGGUGUGGGCAGGACCUGGCAGGCUGGCCUUGGUGUUAGGAAAGACCAACACAGGGACUGCCGACACAGGACCCAGCCGGGGUGGGAUCCUGGGGCAGGUCAGGAGAGGGGUGAGCAGAGCCUGUCUGUCUGCAGCAGAAGCUUCCGAUGGGGGAGGUAAGGGGAAGGCAGGAUAGGGAGGAGACAUGGGACCUGAAGCCAGGAGGGCCCCAGAGGGCCUUUUUUUUUUUUCUUUGAGACAGGCUCUCACUCUGUCUCCCAGGUUGGAAGUACAGUGGCACAAUCAUGGCUCAGGGCUCACUGCAGCCUUGAACUCCUGAACUCAAGUUGUCCUCCUGCCUCAGCCUCCUGAGUAGCUGGGAUUAAAGGUGUGUGCCACCAUGCCCAGCUAAUUUUUAAUUUAUUUUCUAUAGAGAUAGAGUCUCACUGUAUUGCUCUGUCUGGUUUUGAACUCCUGGCCUCAAGCAGUUCGGCCUCCAAAAGUGCUGGGAUUGGCUGGGCGUGGUGGCUCACGCAUAUAAUCCCAACACUUUGGGAGGCUGGCUGGUGGAUCACCUGAGGUCAGGAGUUUGAGAUCAGCCUGACCAAUAUGGUGAAACCCUGUCUCUUAAAAAAAAAAAAAAAAGUACUGGGUUUACAGGCCUGAGCCACCAGACCCCACCAAGAGGGGUUCUGACUGGGGAGAACCCAUGGGGAGUUGGUCCCUUCCAGCUGACAUGGCCCGUGGUGGGCAGGAUGCCCAGCUGGGGGAGCUGGGGUGAUGAGCCAAGCCAGGGAGUCUGGGGGAUCAUCCUGGGGAGGGUGUGGUUAGAAGGUAAGGGCCAUGAGAAAUUCUUUCAGAAGUCUGGGAAGGGACCCGGAGUUGGGAAAGCCAUGUUGAAUUUAGGGGGAGGAGGAUUCCAGGAAGUGGGGGCCGUGGGUGUGGGGUACCACCGGGAGGGGAGGUCCAGGCCUCUGAGUCCCGGGGGCUUUGGUGGGAGGGCGUGGCAGGUGGGGAGGGCGUGCAGCUGGUCUCAGAGCCCUGGUACUGGGUGCUGGGUGCUGGGUGGAAUACAAAAGUAGGGGAGUCUGAAGCUGAAGCUGCACAGGGCUGGGUGGGAGGUGGGCAGGUCCCGGAGGUCCAUAAGGGCUGGGUCCAGGCCUGGGCCAUCCCCGAGGAGGCCGCACCGGACUCAUUCUGAA